AUUUAAUAUAUUUUUAAACUUAAAUGAAAUCGGUUAUUUUUACCCAUAAGUUCAUGGCUUCAAAUGCUGUUGCAUAGUGAUGUCUACCAAUAUGGGAAAUAAAUUUCAAAUAUUCUAAUUGCUCGCUUUGUAAGUUGUCUUUAUAAACACUUAAUUAAGUAAACAUCGAGGUUGUGCUCUUAGCGGUGUAAUUCGAACUGUAAUGAUGGUUAUGUGGACAAUUUCAAAGUCAUUGAACCUAAGUGCGGCGUGCUGACAUUGUGUCUUGUGCAUAGGAAGUAUGUAAACAUGAACGAUAUAGGCAUUAAAAUAGUCGAAUCUCCAAAAGACCGGCUGCUGGGAGCCGAAGUGGCCCCCGCACCGGAUUUGGGAAGCGAUAACGAUGUUGAUCCGCUGUCGAUCGACGAGGAUGUAAAAGAUCCGCUUGUGGUUUCUGGUGAGAAACCUGUGAAGGAGACUUGUGAUGAUAAUGCCAAAGAGGAGUCGAUCAACGAGCCACAGAUCAACAAUAUUGAUAACUUGCAAGCAUCUAACACAGAUAAAGUUUUAGAGAACGUAAAAGAGGAAAGUGUAACAGAAACAAAACAAGAAGAGCAUGCAACACCGAUUGAAUUAAAUCUUGAUACAGUAAAGCAGGAAGAUAAUACUGUAGAUUGUAAUGAAACACCAGAACGGCCAGCAAGUGUAGUGCAAGAGAUAAAAGAGCCAGAGUCUGCCCCCAUUGAAGUGAAAGACAGUCCAAAGGAAGUGAUAGAGAUUGAUAAGGUUGAUGUGGAAAUGACACAUGUUCAGCUGGUCGAAAAAAUUGAAAAAGAUAAUAAGCCCAAUAUACAGGCUCUCAAUGGUGAUAUUUCUAAGGAGGAACCAACAAAGAAAAGACGAGUUAGUGAAGAAGUCGAUACAGAAUCUCCUUUGAAAAAGCUAUGUGCUGAAGUAGAAAAGACUUUUCCUCAACAUGACAUUAUGAUAAAUGACUACAUACACACGGCAACUAAAAACAACAUAGAUGAAAUCCAACGACAUACUGAGCAGUUACUUUCUGAAAUUCAGACAUUAAGAGAACUUGCACAAAAGAAAGAACACGAGUGGAACAACAUUUUACACUUAAAAAAAGUGAAAGAGGAAAUAUUACUAAGGCUUUUGAGGCGAAAACAAGUUUUGUCAUUUGAGAAGAGUGCCGACGUUAACGGAGCAGAGAGAACGGAUCCCUUUGACUAUCUAAACCAAGCUAAGAAUCUAGCUAUUGAUAAAAGUGAUGAGAUAUCUGGCUUAGCUAUCAAGCAACCAGGAUCAGCUAUGAUGAACCCUAUAAUACAGCCUCCGGUAUUACCAGUUACAUCACACUUUAAUCCUAUGUCAGGGUUACCACCUCCAUAUGAUAAGGCAGCUCACAUGCAAUCAAUGCCAAAGCCUGUAUUCCCCCAAGCAAUGAUGAUGCCAGGACCAAUGCCCGGAUUCCCUAGAGAUAUGAAUGGACAGUUGCCGGCUUUUGGCAUGCCAAUGGGCCGUCAAGGUCCGACAAAGGAUGUUAAAUCUAUUAUAGCCGAUUAUAGGCAAAGGAAUCCCGAUAUAACGCCGAGGCGUGGGCGACGAAUGAAGUCGAUGGUAAAUCCCAAUAUGAUGAAUACGCCAAGACCCAUUGCUCCAAAAGUUGAUAAUUUAAAUAGUUUAAGUAACCUGAACAUGUUAUUCAACAAUUUGGAUAUGAAUCAGAAAGCUAUGAUAGAGAGGUUGCAGCAAAUUCAAGCAGGAAACCUACCUAACGGUCUCUCAUUCAAAGAUGUGCUUGUUCAAUUAGCCAACAUGCAACAAAACAAUUUAAUGCCUACAAGACCUGUGGAAACUAUGACGAAUCGGCCGGAGCACCAUAUUAGACCGGAGAGUAGAAGGCGACAGGAACGAAAUGAAGAUCACAUGGCAGCCAAACAGGCAGAGAGGAUGGCUGCCUCGAGUCCAAGGCUACCACCACCCCCACCAUACCCAGAAAUAUCUCUUCUACCUGUCACAUCCAGCCAGGAAAUCGCACAAUCACAGCAAAACUCAUUACUCCAUGGCAUUCUGACUAAGCAGGCGCCCCCCGCCUCUCAGAGUUACUCGCCGACGUUGGCUAAACUGCUUACGUCGCCGGAACGGAAACAGAGCGCUCCGCCGCUGCCAACUUUCGGUCAGGCCAAGAACUGCGGCGAGAUCACGAUUACUCCAGUGCAGCCUUCCCAACAAGAGCCAGCCUCUGAGAAGACUGAAGUCGUACAAUUGGAGGAAGAAGAGAGCGGCGCGUCGGAGGAGUCGCUGGCGUCGGGCGCGUCGGGAGCGUCGGGCGCGUCCGCGGCGUCGGGCUCGGGGCGGCUCGUCAUCGACGAGGGCGCCGGCGACGCGCCCGCGUGCCAGGGCUGCCGCGCGCGCGCCGCGCAGUUCGGCGCCGGCGACGCGCCCGCGUGCCAGGGCUGCCGCGCGCGCGCCGCGCAGUUCGUGUGCGCCGGCUGCGCCAACCAGUGGUACUGCUCGCGCGACUGCCAGGUGGCAGCGUGGGAUGAACACUCAGAAAUGUGUUCUGGUUGA